AUGUUACAUCACUUUGCAACAUUGCCACACUAUAUGGGUGAGAAGCGUGAGCCGGAAGUGCAAUUAAGAACAGCAUAUCUCACACUUUUUAGCGUGGGAAAGCUCCUCUGUCCGUGUGAGGAGCUCACCUGUCCUCUUGGCUCACCCGUCCGUGUGGGCUCCCUCGGCAGCGCCCGUCCGUGUGGGCUACAACAGCAGCGCCCGUCCGUGUGGGCUACAACAGCAGCGCCCGUCCGUGUGGGCUACAACAGCAGCGCCCGUCCGUGUGGGCUACAACAGCAGCGCCCGUCCGUGUGGGCUUCAACAGCAGCGCCCGUCCGUGUGGGCUUCAACAACAUGCUGCCCAAGGUGGCGGUGUUCCAGGCGGUGCUUGUGGCCUGCGCCGUCGGCUAUCCUGACAACAGCUUCGCCCGGGGGAAGUCUCAAUCCACCAUCCAUAGAAGAGGCAUUCGGCUCACCCCUAGUCAUAUCCCACCUGAUGCAGACCUAUUUCGCAAUGAUCUAGGUCCUACUCAAUCUAAUUUCAAUUCUAUCUAUUACAACUUGGAUCCUAUUCCUGCUGCCCAUGGCCCUUCAACACCUAUUCCAGCUCGUGGGUUUAAACCCAUGGCUACGUCUUCUGUAUAUAUGGGUCCGGAACCUUUGUCCUUUGAUUCUAUUGACUUGGAUUUCGACCCGUUUUACAGUCGACCUGUCCAUCUAGCCUCAGGACACAUUCGACCUGACUCUCGACUACCUACUCGUCCCACUCAUGGCCCGAUUCGCCCCACCCUUGGGCCUAUUCACGGUCAUAAUCGGCCUAUCCAUCUUACUAAAGGACCUGUCCAUCCAACCCAAGGACCUAUCCCGCAAUCUAAAGAACCUCUCCACCCAACCCCUGAACCUAUCCUCCCUCUUCCUAAACCUAUUCGUCCUCCUCCAGGGCCUGUUCACCCUACUUCAGGACCUUUCCAUCCUUCUCUUGGUCCAAUCCCUUCUACCUCAUAUCCAAGCCAUCCCUCGCCAGAAUCGACCCUUCUUAAACCACGUCCUAUCCAUCGCAAACCCAGAAUAAAGACAGAAAGUGACGAACAUAUCAACCCAGAGACACAAGCAGGAAUUGGUAGUACUACCAGCAGUAGUGGUCGUAGUAGUAGUAGUACUACCAGCAGUAGUGGUCGUAGUAGUAGUAGUACUACCAGCAGUAGUAGUUUGACAACAACAAGAGGAUACAUGGGAGGAGAUGGAGUUAUUGUUCCGUUUAGCAUUAAACUCGAGUGUUUACAAGGUGGAUGA